UCCUCCUCUUUGACUAAAGAUAAAAAAGAAAAAGCUAUAAGUUAAAAUUUCCCGCAUAAAUCGGAUAAAAAGUAAACUUCAGACGAAUGAAUGAAAUUGUAUACUGUAUACGCUGUAUACAAAUGUCAGUAUUCGUAACGUGCGAAGACGAGUAUAUUUAUACGAUAAUAAAAUAAAGUUGAAAUAUUUCAAGGAAACACGAAUAAGACUCAAAUAUGAAGGUUGAAUUAUAUAAUGAUAUUGUAGCAUCUAUUCGAAAAUUUCGAGGUUUAUCAAAGGACUGUAGAAACAUGUUAAAAGAAAAAUAUAGCGAGAUUCCAGUAAACACACUGUAUAGUAUACUGUCUUUAGAAAUACAACAUAAGAUGAAAGUUAAUCAUAGCAAAUUAUUUGGCAACAACAAAAAUUAUUAUGAUACUUAUGUAGAAGCUGUACAGAAUGGUGAACCAGUUGGGAUUUUAUUAAAAAUGGCAAAGGACAUUGGAGCACCUCCUGCAUUGUUAGCUAGGAAUAUUCUUGAAAAGCACUGUGGAAAGGAUGAUCCUAAUUUUUCUAGAAAUGAGGUCAGUAAAUUGUUUAAGGACACUACCCUCAUUCAAGAUAAAGAUCUUGCAUAUGAAAUUUAUUUGUGUAUAUUAUAUGACAAUUUGUAUGGACCUAUAGCAGAUGCUAUUGGAAUUUCUGUAGGUCAAGAGUAUGAGUUAAAAUUACAAAACUUUUUAACGGAACGAAAUCUCUCGUUUCGUAAUGAAGAACAUUUGCGAUCACGAGGUUACGACAAAACUCCAGACUUUAAACUUGAAGUACCAAUCGCGGUAAAUGGUUUUGUAAUUAAUUGGAUAGAAUCUAAAGCACGAUUUGGAAAUAUAGAGAUACAUCAAAAGUAUAUUAAGGAACAAUUUUUAAGCUAUUGGAAUAGAUUUGGGCCAGGACUUGUAAUUUACUGGUUUGGAUUCUUAGAUAAUUUAACAAAACCUAGCGAAAAAAGGUUUAUCAUUAUGGAUCACUUUCCAGAAAAUAUUACAUACAUGGAUCCUAGUUGUAUUAAACCUACUGCUUGCUGAUUGUAAUUAAAUUACUUAUGUGACAUCAAAUAUAUAUUUGUACUUAAACUAUGAUUAAAUCAAUGAGCUACCGAGAUUCCAUCGGUAUGUAAAAAUGUAAAAAAUUCCGACACCUGUAAAAAUACUAUUUACAGCACGUGUAUUAUUUUAUGAAAUUUUGUAUGUACAUUAUUUUAAAUAUACUAGAUAUGUAUUAACGUUUAA